AUGCAGCAAGUUCAGCAGCAGCAGUCACUACCUCAACAAAUAACUUCUCUUCCUCUGCAGCCUUCAAAUUUACCACAGUUAGAAGACUUGUUCACUAAGCCACUUCCAAUCAAGAUAUGGAACACUCUUCAAGCUAUUUAUUUAGCCGAAGAGGCGAGUUCUAAGAAAUUUCUCGUUUCAAAUUAUAUGGAGUUCAAAAUGGUUGAUGACAAGUCAAUCACUGAACAAGUACAAGAAUUCCAACUUAUAGCUAAUAAAAUUGCUAUAUCUGGAAUUGCUCUUGAUGAAAACUUUCGUGUUGGUGCUAUUGUAUCAAAACUUCCUCCAUCUUGGAAAGAGUAUCGAAGCAAACUUUUACACAAAAAGGAAGAUUUGACUCUUGAACAAUUGUUGCAACAUUCACAAACUGAAUAA